UCUAUGUUCGUUGGUGCUCCUUCGGCUGCUGAAGUACCAGAAUGGCGCCAUUUCUCCUACUCCAUCGUUGGUCUUCCAUCACUUCAUCUCCCUUGUUUACCAAUGUUUUCCCCAAGCUCUCGCCUUUGAGAGCCAAUGGCUUCCUCUUGCCUAAAGAUGGAGUCUUUCCUGUUCGUCUCUUUGCUUUUCCCAAUUCCAAUCGAAGCUCAAUUCAGAGGAUUUUGGAUGGUAGAAGGAUUGGAACCCCUUUCAUCUGUUUCCAUGAUGCGAGAGAGAACUCUCAACCCAGUUCGCCUCAAAAGGGGUCAGCAGUAGAUUGGCCCAUCCUGGAAAGGUGGGAUGUACCUUGGCAGUGGCAGACCAUAAUGCUCACUAUGUUUGCUUGUGGAUUAAGCAUUGCGCUGACAGAGUUGGUGGAAGCAUCAGCUUUGCCGUAUGUAGGAAUUCAGGUUGCGGAAUUAAGUUUGGAUGAGAAGGCAGAAGUGCUUUUUGCAGGCCAAUUCACUGUGACAGCAGUUGUACUAGGAGUUAUCUAUGGUAUCACAAAUACCUUUCAACCCCUUCCCACUGAUAUUUUCCGUUAUGAUCUGAAGGAACCAUUCAAUCUGCGAAAUGGUUGGCUUCUUUGGGCAGGAAUUGGUUUAUCAGGUGCAGUAAUUGCUGUAGCACUUACAGGCUUUGCCUUGUCAUUCUUUAAGGGUGGAAAUCCUGAGAGAGAGACAGAUGCACUUGUCCGUCUGCUGCCUUUAAUUGGCUCUUCAAAUAUCAGGACUGCUUGUCUCCUUGGCAUUACAGGUGUUUUGGCUCCACUGCUUGAGGAGACCGUGUUUCGAGGCUUUCUUAUGGUGUCCAUGACCAAGUGGUUGCCGACACCAGUUUGUGUAGUUAUAACUGCUGCUUUAUUUGCUCUGGCUCAUCUUACUCCUGGAGAAUUCCCCCAACUUUUUGUUUUAGGAACCGCUUUGGGAUUUUCAUAUGCUCAAACUCGUAAUCUGCUUACACCAAUCACAAUACAUUCAUUUUGGAAUUCGGGAGUCAUCUUGUUGCUCACAUUUCUUCAGGUCCAAGGAUACGAUAUUCGGGAGUUGCUGCAGGCAUCAUCCUGAUCAUACAGCAGUAAAAUGUGUUAUCCUGCAUUUUUGAGGAACUGCAAGAAAUCAAUUAUGCACAAGGAAGCUGCCUGGCUGGCUCACUAAACUUCAGCCAACAAUGUUUAUAAAACAACUUGGUGUUUAAAAAAAAAA